AUGGUUGUUGACCAAAUAUCAGAAAUCGAUAAAGCACUUGCCAGUGAUGAAUUGGAAAAGACAACUCAAAAGAUAAUUAUUGAGGAUAUAUCACAGGAACCAAUCUCUAUCACUAUCUCAGAGUCUUUCACAGAUGGAGCUGAAGCUUCAACUUUAAAUUCCCAAUCAACCAAUGAUAAUAGACCAUCACUCCAACCAUUUACAAGAUGUAAAAGCCCAUCUAAUAAUAAAAAUUCACUGAGUAGUUCAUCAAAUGCAACGUCUAUUGAAUAUUCACAAACUCCAAGUCCAGGUGAUUCUGGUCGUCGACGUUUAGUGCCAGACUUUAAUAUUGAUGAUUUACUGCUGAUAUCAGAAUUGGGAAGAGGUAAUGGUGGAGUUGUGACAAAACUACAGCAUAAACCAUCUGGUACAUUGUUGAUUAGAAAAACAUUUGAAUUAGACGUUAAGACAACUACAAGAGCACAGAUUGUCAGGGAUUUACAGGUUCUUUGGGAGUGUAUAUCACCGCAUAUAAUUGAGUUCCAUGGAGCAAUACAUUCUGAUUGCUUAAUAAGUAUUUAUAUGGAGUAUAUGGAUGUUGGUGGGAUGGAUUUACUAUUACGAAUGGUUGGACGUUUUCCUGAACCAAUUAUUAUUCAUAUUGCUGAUUCAGUUGUUUCUGGUCUGUUAUAUCUUUGGCAAGAGUUGCAUAUGUUCCAUCGUAACCUAAAGCCAUCCAAUAUACUUAUCAAUCGUGCUGGCAUAAUCAAAUUAUGCGAUUUUGUUGUAAGUUUGCAGUUAAGUGAAUAUGUGGCGUCUGGAUUUUUGGGAUUCUCCACGUAUUUGGCACCUGAACGUCUAGCUGGCGAACUAUUCAAUGGAGCCAGUGAUAUCUGGAGUCUGGGACUAACAUUAAUGGAAUUGGCUAUUGGACAGUAUCCAAUUCCGUCUAUUGAUCCAGUUGAUUUUGUACGUGCAUUUGCACCAGAUCAAGAAACAAAUAUGCUUGAGCAUACGAGAGCUGCAAAAACUGGUGAAUUACUACCUGCACUUACAGAUCCAAAUAGUCGUUCUACAAUCGGUAUGUAUGAUUUAUUCGCCUACAUUGUAGAACAACCAGCACCAAGAUUACCAUUGUAUUGUUUUUCAUCCCAAUUUAUUCAUUUUAUUCAUGGUUGUCUACAAAAAGAUCCUAGUGAUCGUUUAUCUAUUGAAAUAAUUCAUAGACAUUAUAUUCCAGAGUUGAUUAAACUAUCAUGUCCACAUCAUUCACAUUCUAGUAUAUUACGUCCAAUAUUUAUUGAUAGUUGCUUAAUUAAUUAUCUACGUGGAGUAUUUGCACGUCAACAAGCUGAAGCGAUAGAUGCUGUUGCAUUAGCUGUUGGUGAAGAUUUUGAUUCGAUUGAUACAGAUUUUGAAGUGACUACAAUGUCACAUUCAGCAUAG